ACCUCUUCCGAUGUUCCCGAGGCCGUGCCUUAUAUGGAAUCGCACAUACUCGCAGAACUCGCACGGUAUCGCACAAGAUGGAAUGCGCAAGACGGGAAGCGCGCGAUCCCGCCGCUCAUUGUCGGCGUGCAAGGACCACAAGGCAGCGGCAAGACCUACCUGACGUCUAUCCUCCGAGACGUGCUCCAGGCACCACCGCACAACCUCGCCGUCACGGUGCUCUCUUUGGACGACCUGUACCUCCCCCACGCAGGUCUCGCUAGUCUAGCGGCCGCACAUCCGGACAACGCGCUACUCAGAGGGCGCGGUCAGCCCGGCACGCAUGACGUGCCCCUCGGGACGGAGCUUUUGAACAAGCUCAAGAACAUCAACGAUCGCACGGCCGGAGGCGCUGAGGUGCACCUCCCAGGCUUCGACAAGAGCCUCUUCAACGGCGAGGGCGACCGUGUACCCGGACUGGUCGUCCGCCCACCGGUAGACGUCGUGCUCUUCGAAGGUUGGUGUGUUGGGUUCUACCCAAUCUCGGCGGCCGAGGUCGAGCGUCGCUAUUCCGCGCCCGUCACGGGGCUGGGAGACGAUUUCUUCGGGAAGAGGGGAUAUCGGAUAGAGGACGUUUUGGAUGUGAACGAGCGGCUCAGGAGUUACGUCUCGUGGUGGAAUCUCUUUGAUGCGUUCAUCCAGAUCGCGCCUCCAGAUGAUCAUCCAUAUGACUACAUCUACAAGUGGCGGCUACAACAGGAGCAUCAUAUGAAGGCACGAAACGGCGGAAAAGGCAUGAGUGAUGUGCAAGUCGAAGGAUUUGUGGACCGCUACAUUCCGGGAUACGUGUUCUUUGGAGACGGAGUAACCGAAGGAUAUGAGGAGAGCCCAGGCAGAAGAACGCGGCCACCAUGGUCAGGUCGCGGCCUCCGCGUCCAGAUCGGCGCGGAAAGGGAGCCCGUUCGCGUCGACCGAUUUUAAUUUUGAAGUAGUGAACGCGUUAUGUUAUUAUAACAUCUGAAGG